UGUAAUUAAAAAAGAAAAAGAAAAAAGUUUGUCGGUGUUUUAGUCCGGUCGAGAAAAAGAAGAGGGAAGGGUUUUGCAAUUAACACAGAGACGCACUUUGAAGAAGUUCUCUACUUCUCUGUGAAGAAGAGAAAUGGGAAAGGAAGGCGACUUGUGGGACGAUUCCGCUCUCAUCAACGCCUUCGACGACGCCAUAUCCAAGUACAAGAUAAUGCACGGCAAAAAAAGUUGCAAUACUUCGGUUGAGGGAGGAAAAGCUGUUGGUGGCACUGUGGAAAAUGCCUCUGCUAAUGUUAAUGAAAGUCAUGAGGCUAGAAGGGAUGCUGAAGAGAAGAGCAAUGUUUCAUCAAGUACUGCAAUAGACUUGGGAGAGACUAGUAAUAUUUCACAUGUUAAAGAAAAUCAUUGUGUAAAUUCAUGUGCACCUGAGCCUUGUAUAGAUUCAUCAAAUAAUCUACACAAGCAAAAUAUGGAAGAUGCUGGUAAAGGCUAUUCAUAUUCUCAUGGUGCAGAGGGUUAUAACAAGUUACUGAACCAAUAUUAUGAGCUUGAGGAGAAGAGGCAAAAGAUUUUGGAGCAGCUUCAUCAAUUUGGUGGUUGGAAUUACCAAUAUUCUGGUGAAGGUUCUGGUUCUGGUGUAGAGUGGGGUACCUAUUCUACUUACCAAGAACGCCCUAUUCCUGCUAGCCAAGUUUCUCAUCCAAAUGUUGUCUCUUCAUGUUGUGGAUGUCAGUGUUUGGUGGCUCCAUGCACUUCAUGUCCUGGCUGUUCUUUGGGUGGGACAUCUGUUUGCAAGACUUGUACUGAUGAUUCUGUGGCAAUGAUUCCUGGAAAGUCUUGCCCUCUUGAAGAUGGUAACAUUGUCAAAACAGCGAUGGGAGCUGCAGAAAAGGCAAUAUCUUCCAUGAUGACAAAAAUGUCUAGUGAUCCUAAUAUAAUUGAAGAGAAAGAGAAAGCUGAAGGGGAAACAGCCCAGAGUACCGGCUCCGAAACGGAUCUUACUGUUGUUUUAAACGCUUGGUAUUCUGCAGGCUUCUACACUGGCAAGUAUCUUACAGAGCAAUCUAUUGCAAAGAAACGACAUAGCUAGGGCUUUCUCCAGCAACAUCGAGCAGAAGCUGAGUGGUGUUAACAAUAUUGUCAAUUUUACAACAGAUUGGUUAUGUAAUAGUUAAUUAAAGAAUCUGUUUGAUUCCAAUUUCCAAGUGGUCUGAAUUGCAUCAUCUAAGUGCAUAUGAUUGCUUGAGCUUAUGCUGAGCAGGAUCUUUAUGCAGGCAUAGACCCCUUGCUCUUUGACAUUUAGUCUGACUCAAAUUUCAAGAA